AUGCAUUUCGGCCGCACUAAAGUAACUCCGAGAUGGUCGACGGCAGAAAGUGACUCGGUACCUACCGUUUUCUAUCUCUCGGUGACCUCGCUAUCGCCAUUUCAUCAUUGUAACUAUUAUAAGAAUGCUUUAGAUAGAAGAAUAUUGAAGUGGAAGGUUGGCAACAUUGUAGAAAAUAAUGACGUGAUGGUACUUGGACAACAAGGUGUUUGGAGUAGCGAGGUGGGGGCCGCGGGGGUUUGCCAUGGCUCGUCAACAACUACCCCUCACCUAAUUGUCAAAUCUAUGUGGAUGAAGAAGUUGUUGAUUGAAAUAAAGAAGAGGAAUAUCUUAAGGUUUUCAUAUAAGUGUGCCCCGGUAUUGGUGAUAUUAGGUGUGGUAAUAUCGACUCCUGAACAGGCUUUAUCUGAAAAACAUUUCGAUGUCGGCGCGCACAUCAACUUCAGACUUCACGACGCUUCGAUAUCAGAACUUACUCAUUUUCGAUCCUUCUUAAGAUACCUUGCAUUAAAGGACGUCAUGGCCCCAGCAAAUGGGUAAGAGACCGUGAUGUAUUCGUACCUAGCAGAGGACGAAAAGAACCAGCUCCGGUUCCCAACUUCCUCCAACGCAAGUAUGACUUGGAUCGAAAGGAGUACAAAAAACGCUGCAGAGAAAUCGCCAAUAUCGGAUCCCGAAUUCUGAAAAGUAUCAAGGCAGGUUAUUUCUCUUAUAUCGCCGAGUGUAAGACGGUACAUGGUAUGUUGGUGGCGCUCAAGGACUGCUU